UUUACAUCAGUCAGAUUCUCUUACUACCGUACUGCGUACAUAUUUUCAAUUUAGAAUUUAAAUAAUAAAACAACUUACUGCUAUUGAUACCUGCAGUGCGAUUAGUUCAAAUGGAUCAACUAUUGAAAAAUAAAAAUAUAGUCAUAAUAGGCGGCGGGAGCGGUAUUGGAUUUAAUAUUGCUGAUAAAUUUCUAUCGGAGGAUGCGAAAAGUGUUAUUCUACUAGACAUUAAUGAAAAACAAGGCAAUAUUGCUGCGGAUGUACUAAACAACACUCACGGGAACGUCGCAGCGCUUAUACCAGUGUAUUGUGCGGCGAAAUUUGCAGUCAUGGGAUUCACCAGAUGUUUGGGACAUGAAGAUAACUUUAAAAAAACUGGAGUACGCGUAAUAGCACUAUGUCCUGGGUUUACCGAAACACAACUGACCAAACCAUUGCUUGAUGAAAAGGAUACAGACAAUUCUGAAGAGUUAAUCAAAUUUGUGAAGGGUUUUCCGUGGCAAAAAGUAGAUGCAGUCGGUGAUGCAGCUGUAGCAGUUUUUAAGAGGGCUAAGAGUGGGACGGCUUGGCUUAUUGAAGGCGGUAAACCUAUUGAAGAGGUUCCGUAAAGCCCGUUAUUAGUUGUUAUUAAAUACUGACCAUUCUUCUAGCCUUAUGUAAAUUAACCGGGCCGUGC